CAAUAUAUUUCACAAGUGACACUCUGGUGUGGCCCGCUCCGCAGGCCUUCGCGCCAAUCGCAUCGGUCUUGCAAGCCUUGAAGUAUACUGUACUUGGCGAUUCUUUGCAAGACAGGCAGCAUCGAUCGUCACAUUCAACUUAACUCCAAACAGUAGCGAAAGUUAGCGGCCGAGGAGAAUGGCCUGGUGGAACAACGUCGUCGCAGGCGUUCUCAACGCAAUUGUGUUUAGCUAUGACAUUCUCUUCCAGACGUGGGGCAUGCGGCACCUGCCUAAGCACAUUGAUGACGUGGGGGGGCCCGUGGAGGGAUUGACAGCCAUCGUCACCGGACCCACAAGCGGCAUUGGCGAGGAGACGGCGGCGGCGCUAGUCCGCCGCGGAGCCAACGUGGUUCUGGCCUGCCGCAGUGCCGCACGUGGUGAGGAGCUGAAGAGGCGGCUGGAGGCGGCGGAGGCGGCGGCCGGGCGCAAGCAGCCGCAGAUCGAGGUGCGGCUGCUGGAUCUUGCCUCGCUGGACUCGGUGCGUGCCUUCGCGGCGGCCUGGCAGCAGCAGGACCCGCAGCGGCCGCUGCACCUGCUGGUGAACAACGCCGGCGUGUUCACCAUCGGGGCGCCCCGCUCCGAGACCAAGGACGGCUUCGAGUUGCACAUGGGGUCCAACCACCUCGGACACUACCUCCUCACACUCAGCCUGCUGCCCUCCCUGCGCCGCGGCGCCGCCCAGCUCCGCGCCGCCGCCGCCGCCGCCGCCGCCAACGGCUCAACCGCCAACGGCACCGCAACCGCCGCCGCCAACUGCCGCGUGCGCAUCGUGAACGUGUCGAGCAGCUUCCACGCUCUGGCGACCAAAGGCAUCUCGGUCACGGACCCGCACCUCAUCAAGCCCGGGUCUUACAGCGCGGACUUUGGCUACGCCCAGAGCAAGCUGGCAAACAUCCUGUUCACACGUGAGCUGCGGCGGCGGCUGGCGGCGGCCGGCGAGCCCGACCUGGCGGCGGGCUGCAUGGCGCUGCACCCUGGGCUGGUGUGCACGGGCGUGGCUCGCAGCCUGCCGGCCUGGAUGUGCGCCGCCUACACCGCCGUGAUGGGGCUGGUGCUGCUGAACAGCAUGCAGGGCGCGCGCGCCUCCAUCCACGCCGCCACCUCCCCCGCCGCCCCCGCCGAGGCCGCCGCCACGGCCGGCUACUUCAACUCCAACUGCCUGCCCAUUGCGCCCGCGCCCGCGGCGCAGGACGACGCCGCGGCGCUGUGGCUGUGGCGCUGGUCGGCAGAGCAGGUCAAACUGCCCCCGGGUCUGGACCUUCCCGAGCCGUCCAACUGAGGCGGCUCUCGGCGGCGGCGGCGGCAGCGGUUCCGGAGGCCAUGUCGGCGGCGGCUGUCGGCGGCGGCGGCGGCGGCGGCGGUGUCAGUGCCAGCGGCGGCGGCGGUGUCAGUGCCAGCGGCGGCGGUGGUGCCAGUGGCGGCGGUGGCGGCUGUCGGCAUGGGCGGGGCGAGGUCACCCUGCGGCCCUGGCUUGUUACGACAUCUCCAUACGCCGUGUGGCGGCGGUGGCGUCAGGGAGGCGGACGCGGAUGAGGCGGGUUGCGGCCAGAGCAGUUGGCAGGGAGGUGGGGCCAGAGUUGGGGGAGAGUGGCGGGCGCGUGCACGUGUCGCUUGGGAGCGGAAAGGCGGGCUGGGUGGGUCGUGUUGUGUCGUGUGCGACGGCGUGUGUGGUCGGUCCUCCGUGUGGGGAUACGGGCUGAGGACGCCAGGCCCGUAACGCGCUGGAGAGGUGAAUGCAGGCAACGGCGCGGGGUGUUGGGGCGGGGGGCUGUGGGGGUCUUGCGCGUGCGUCACGUGAAAAAGUUCGGCGUGUGUUGCUGUGUCCUCAAGCACGUCCACAGAGCGGUGCCCGGUGUGGUGGGGCAUGUGAGGAGUGGAGGGUUUUGAGUGCCGUGCACUGAUUUGGUUGGUUACUGCUUGAGUAGUCGGCGGCCGUGUCGGAAGCGAGCUAUGCGUUAUUGGAUACGGUUUGAUUAUUUCCGCAUUGUUUGGAUCAUUGGAUGACGGUCGCAUGGCCACAGGGCAUGUGUCGGGCCAUGAAGCCUGCCGCAGAUGCAGAGGUGCUUGGACAGCGCGGGAGCAGGCGCUGGCUUGGGCGGCGGUAAGCGUUCGUUGGGGUGGCUUGCUGGAAGGGACGUUGCGGUGUAGCCAGCUUGUUCUGAGAUGCUUUUGGUGUGAAGCGCACAUUUGUCUUGUCGGAUCUCAGGCACGGGUCUGGCGUUGUGCGCACGCGGGGGGCAGGGGGAGGGGCGGCGGCAGCAUCACAUGGCGACUGUACAGUGCACUCUGACGGGGACACCUAACGUAUCGCAAAC